AUUUGAGAAAAAAGAAUGUUAUCUUUUUAAUUUUUUAAUCAUAAAUUGCUUGUCGAAUAAAUACCAUUUUUAGUUUAUCUUUUUCAUUUUAUUUAUAUUGAAUAAAUUAUGUUUUGGUGAAUUGAGAACGUAGAUUUAGAAUCUGGUUGUGGACAGAUUCCAGAUCUUGAAGGAAUAUGGUUUUUCAAGUCAUUUUUCUGGAUUCUCAUUGUUUUUUACUUUUACAGUUGAAUAGAAAUGAAAAUAUUUUUCUUUCUUUUUCAGUUAUCUUUCCUUUUAAUGCCAGAGAUGAAAAUAAUUAGUUUAUCUAUCUGCUUUGCUGGAAUUAACUAAUUUGUCUCUCUAUUUUUUUUUUUACUUUUUAUACUUUUUAAUAGAAAAAAUACAAAAAAUUGACAGAAUGAUAAAAUAAAGUUACAAAAAACAAUAAAUAUUAGUAUAACCUACUGUGUAAUUGUCAAAAUUUAUUUUCUUAAUGCAGACAAUAAGAGUCAACAGAGUUGCAAAUGACCAGUAACUACAAGUCAAACCAAUUUCUUUCGCCAGACAUUCCAUUUACUGUUUCUUUCAUCUCCCCAAUGUAGAUUUCUAUCCAUCUGCAUACAAACAACAAUUAGCUUUUCUUUCUUUCUUUCUUUCUUUCUUUCUUUCUUUCCAGACAUAAGAUGAUAUUCUAGCUUCUCCUUUAAUUACUAUAUAUAAUCUUAAAAUUCUCAAUAUUCAAGUUCUUUUUGCUUAAUUAUAUCGUAUAGCUGUAUAGAAAUUUAUGAAGAUGGAUGAACGUCCAUGGAAGAAACAAAAGACCUGUUCAAGUUGCCGCUCAGAAGAAGUGAGCAGUGUCGAGUGGGAGUUCAUCGAAAUGAGUGAACAAGAAGAAGAUCUAAUUUACAGAAUGUACAGUCUCGUUGGAAACAGGUGGGAGUUGAUAGCAGGCCGGAUUCCAGGGCGUAAAGCAGAAGAAAUAGAGAGGUUUUGGAUAAUGAAACAUAAUCAAGAAUUUGCAAAUAAAAGAAACCAGCACCAACCUAGCUACUAGCUAUGGUCAUAAAACCAGCACCAAUCUUUUUUUUUUUUUU